AUGCUCCAAUUCUUCAUCACCUACAAGAAUCUUAUACUUCAACUCUCACUCUCUCUCACACUCACACUCCUCCUCACCUUCCUCAAAAUCCCCAUCUUCUUCCUCCGUGGCCUCCACACCUACAUCCACCCUGACAACGUCCAAAGUGGAGUCCGAGCCGCCAUUCGGAGGCCCGAUGCCUCCGAUUCGGCUUCUGGGUUACCUUCAAAAUCCAAUUCCGAGCUCAGGAAGAGGUCCAAGUCAAAGGACAAGCCCGAGUUCGAUGAAAACAAUGCUCAGAUCUUUCGCCUAAAGCUCGACGAGGCCCAUCUUCAAACCAGGCUCUAUUUCAAUGAGUAUUCCAAUGCCUUCACUUUCUCAUUUGUAGCUCUAUCUUGUCUUUUGCUUCAGUUAUUGUACUUGAAUAGCGAAUCAAACAAUUCUGGGCUUUUGGUUAAUGGGAUAUUUGUUCCGGUUCUGUUAGGCUUUGCGGGUGUUUCUAAGUUGUUAAUGUUGCUUGGCAAAGUUUCGUAUGAGAAAUCUGCGUCGCGGCGGUCAGAGAAGCAACUGAGUGUGCUUUGCGGCGUUGUGGGGUUGGUUUUAGGAUAUAUGGUUUGCUUCACAUUUAGUCCUUCGGUUUUAGAUUUCAAUUUUAACUCAAUUGACGGGUCUGGGAGGAUCUUUGUUGCUGUUUUAAUGGGAUGCUUUUCGGGUUUCUUGUUUAUGCCCGCGGUGAAGAGUGCGAGGUGCUUUUGGCUUGGAACUGAUCAGAUUAGGUCUGAUUUGGUAAUGCUAUCAUGUGAUUGGUUUGGUAGAGUGGUUCUGUAUGCAAAUUAUAUGAUGAUUGUAUUCACAGUUCUUUUGUGGAUUAAUCCCUUAGCUGGAAUGCUCGUGAACAAGAACAUAAAUGGAAAAGUUGGAAAUGCUGAGAUGUUGAUUGGCAAUGUCGGAUUUUCGCCUUCAGAUUUUGCUAAAUUUAGGCUUUGCUGCUUACUGCUUUCGAGUUUUCUGCAAAUUGUUGCUCUACGCCCCAACAUACAAAUGUAUUUGAAUGAGGCACUGUUAUCUUGGUACCAAAGAUUGCAUGCUAGCAGGGUUCCAGACUUGGAUUUCAGUAGGGCUAAGGUGUUUUUGCACAAUCACUACUUAUGCCUUGUAGUUGUGCAGUUUCUUGCACCACCAAUUGUGUUACUCCUUUUUCUUGGACUAUCUCAGAUUGAUGGUAUCUCUUCGGAAAAUUACAAAUACAUUUGUAGUCUAGUGCCUUGCUCUGCCUUUGUGAAAGAAGUGGCUCUCUUUAUGGCUUGGUGGGUUAUGUUUGUUUGGGCGAUUUAUAGUUCAGCAACCAUUCUUCUAUAUCGUCGCUGCGUUUUGUAUAUGUCUUGA